CCCUUUUAAGGAAAAAACCAGCUAUUAUAUCUGGUCACAUCAUCAGCUGAGCUCGCCAACGAUCCAACGGUGGAAAACACGUCGGCCUCCACUCUUUACCCAUUCACUCCACUUCCCGCCGCCGCCGCCGCACCCAGCCGCUCAGCCACUAAAGGGCCACCUUUCACCUCAUUCAGAGUCGGGAAAAGCAUCUCGAGCUCACUUCCUCGCCUACAUAUACUCUACUCCAUGCAAACAUCGCUCCUCCAAAUGCUCUCUCACUCCUACACUCUCUCUCCAAACCGACACCGGACCUCGCAAUUUCCUUCCCUGCCGGCGAUUCGCCGAUUCUCACUUUCCGAUCGCAGUUGUUUGAGUUCUGCCCUAAAGUUUGGAGCGGUUCAGCUGAAGCCGGUUAAAAUGGCUUUUGCGUGCUCUGCUCUCUCUAAUGGCGGUGAAGCCGUGACCGUUGGAUCGGAAGAUUAUGACCUGGACAGCUUCGCUGAUGUAGGCAAUAGGCUAGCGGACGCCUCCGGUGAGGUCAUCUGUAGUUACUUCCGGAAGAGCUUCGACAUUAUCGACAAGGAGGAUUUGAGUCCUGUGACGAUCGCCGAUCGAGCGGCGGAGGAGUCCAUGGUGAAAAUUAUACAAGAGCAUUUUCCUUCUCAUGCAAUUUAUGGAGAGGAGAAUGGAUGGAGGUGCAAACAAGAUUUUGCGGACUUUGUAUGGGUAUUAGACCCGAUAGAUGGGACAAAAAGUUUUAUCACUGGCAAGCCUUUGUUUGGAACACUAAUUGCUUUACUCCAUAAGGGUAUACCGAUUCUUGGUAUUAUUGACCAGCCUGUGCUCAGAGAAAGAUGGAUUGGGCUAAGGGGGAAGAGAACUACGUUGAAUGGACAGGAAAUCUCUGUGCGCAGCUGUUCCCAACUCUCUAAAGCCUACCUUUACACCACUAGUCCACAUUUAUUUAGUGGGACUGCGGAAGUGGCCUUCGCUCGAGUAAGAAGUAAGGUCAAAGUGCCACUGUAUGGCUGUGAUUGUUAUGCCUAUGCCCUCUUGGCCUCAGGUUUUGUAGACCUUGUCAUCGAGUCAGGCCUCAAGCCGUACGAUAUCCUUGCACUCAUACCUGUGAUUGAAGGUGCUGGCGGUGUAAUUACCGAUUGGAAAGGGCAUCAACUUCAUUGGGAGGCUUCUUCUAGAUCACACGCUGCAAGUUUCAAUGUAGUUGCAGCAGGGGACAAAUUUGUCCAUCAAGAAGCUAUCGAUACAUUAUCAUGGAAGUGAGGAAUCUAUGAAAUGAAUUUCUUUCUUAUAUGGCCUCAGGUUGGUAUUUUCAAUUUAGUAGUAAUUAUAGGGAGAACAAAAUCAAACAAUUGAGGAGGCUUUCACCUGAUGAUGAUAUGACCAUCUCCUCAUAAUUGAUAAUCCCAUAACUUGAAAAUGCUAAUUUAUGUACGCUUGUUUUGUAUUCUUGCCAUGCUCUCAGCACUAUUUUCUGUUUUCUUAUUAUUAUUUAUUAAAAAUUAACUCCUUGUGGAACUACAUAUCCCAAGUACUGAUCAAGUUUCAAAAGUCAUGCUGAAAAUUCUUUUCAGUUGGAAGGAGUAAAAUGAUAUAUUGAUAUCAAACUACUGGGCUGAAGAUGCCAAAGCUUCAAUGGCUGUGGGGGUAUUUUAUUCUAAACCAAG